UAAUAGUCAAAGAUAUGGAGUCAGGUUUGGCAGAUUGGUUAUAAAAGGAAGUAGAUAGACCUUUCGUUUGGGUACAACCCUGAGACAAGAAGCUGGACAAUUUUUAGAAAUCGAAGGAUGGCUUGCAAUAAUGCAGUCGCUGACAUGCCGCAUGCCGUAUGUAUCCCAUAUCCAGCUCAAGGUCACAUAAACCCAAUGCUGAAGCUAGCAAAAGUCCUUCACCUUAAAGCCAUUCACGUAACCUUUGUCAACACUGACUACAACCAUAAACGCCUACUCAGAUCCAGGGGGCCGAAUUCGCUCGAUGGUUUGCCGGAUUUUUGCUUUGAAACCAUCCCGGAUGGCCUUCCACCAUCUGAUGCUGAUGCCACCCAAGACAUUCUUCCUUUAUUCGAGUCCCUUUCCAAGAACUGCUUAGACCCAUUCCGUGAUCUGCUUUACAAGCUCAAUGACUCCGCAUCUUCAAUUGUCCCGCCCGUGACCUGUAUUAUUGCAGAUGAUGGCAUGUCAUUCCCCAUGGAGGCAGCUGAAGAAUUUGGCAUUCCCGGUGUACGUUUUUGGACAGCCAGCGCUUGCUUAUGUGUUUGUUUCGCUCAGCUUCCACGUUUGGUUGAAGAAGGGUUAACCCCUGUGACAAAUGCGGGCGGUCUAACAAAUGAAUAUUUGGAUACUGUUAUAGAUUGGAUGCCUGGAAUGAAAAAAAUGCGUUUCAGAGAUCUUCCAAGUUAUUUUAGAACUACAGACCCGAAUGACUGGAUGCUGAAUUAUCUCCUCGACCAAGCCUCGCUCGACUCUAAAGCUUCGGCUUUCAUUUUCAACACAUUUGACUCGUUGGAAAAAGACGCUUUGGAUGCUAUUUCGGCCAUGUUUCUUACCCCUGUUUACAGCAUUGGUCCUAUUCACUUGCUUGUUGAUCAGAUCGGACAUGAUAAAUUGAAACAUAUUGAUUCAAAUUUGUGGAAAGAAGAAACUGAAUGUCUCAAAUGGCUCGAUACAAAAGAACCAAACUCUGUGGUGUACGUAAAUUUUGGCAGCGUCGCCGUGUUGAGUCCUCAACAACUUGUGGAAUUCGCUUGGGGCCUUGCUAAUAGCAAAAAGCAGUUUUUGUGGAUAAUGAGGCCUGAUCUCGUCGCGGGUGAGGCAGGGAUUUUGCCACCUGAAUUCGUCUCCGAAACUAAAGAUAGAGGCAUGUUAGCAAGCUGGUGUCCACAAGAGCAGGUCCUCAAGCACCCGUCAAUGGGAGGGUUCUUAUCUCACAUGGGAUGGAAUUCAACCAUCGAAAGUAUAUCUGCUGGUGUGCCAAUGCUUUGUUUGCCAGUUCUUGCAGAUCAGCAAACUAACUGCCGGCUUGCUUGCACGGAAUGGGGAAUUGGCAUGGAGAUUGAUAACAAUGUAAAGAGAGAUCAAGUGGAAAUGCUUGUUAGGGAGUUAAUGGAGGGAGACAAGGGUGUGGAAAUGAAGGCAAAUGCCUUGGAAUGGAAGAAAAAGGCAGCGGAGGCUUCUAGGCCCGGUGGUGGUUCUUUCGAGAAUUUGGAUAAACUGUUAAUCCACGUUCUUCUGUCAGAUAAGCAUACAGAUCACUUAAAAAGGGACAAGAACAGACAUUAAAAGUGUCUUUCACGGAUCUUUCUUGGUCAAGGUGGAAGCAGCUGAAUUUGGUUAAGGAAGGAAGAAUUAGACAGGAGGGAAGCAACGGCUACCUGGCAAUUGAAGAAGAAGCUGAUGAAGCAAUAAGCAUGUCGGUUUUUUCUUUUCCCAAAUUCUAGGACUGUAAAACAUUUUAUUUGGUGUCAUUUUGUUUAGUCAACUUAUUGUUAUUCCUUAAACGCUCAGACUAGUGUCGUUUAAUUAAGUUUUUUAAUAGUGUUUGUGGCUAUAUGCUACCUAAGAUUGUUGUUUUGUUCUUCCUCAAGCUUAAUAAAUUUUG